GGAUUCUGCCCUGGAGACUGAGAUGUAUCCCAGGAUGAAAAAGCUGGCGCUCUACACCUUUUCAAUCGCGCUGCUGGCAUGUUUCUUUUACGUGAAGAAAGAUAUUACCUUGGCAGCGUUGUCAGGAGACCAGGGAGUGGAUGUAGCAAAUCUCAAGCCUAAGUCUUUGGUUCUGGACCAUGUUGCACCCAGCAGGUGUUCGCCCAACCUGACCCUUGCCAAUUCUUCUCUCACCCUCCCAGAGCUUCACCGCAUCUUUUUAACAUACAAGCACUGCCGGAUCUUCUCCACGCUGCUGAAGCCCUCUAGGUGUAGCAAAGAGACGUUCCUGUUGCUGGCCAUCAAGUCUGCCCCCAUCAACAUAGACCGGCGGGUGGCCAUCAGGAACACAUGGGGGAAGGAGGUCUCUAUUGGCAGCAAACACGUCCGGGUGGUAUUCCUUCUGGGGCGCUCAGAGGCCAGAAUCCACGUGCACCCUCUGCACCAGCUGCUGGCUUACGAGAGCCGAGAGUUUGAUGACAUUGUGCAAUGGGAUUUCAUUGACAACUUCUUCAACUUGACCCUCAAGGAGCUGCACUUCCUCCGCUGGUUCAUGGAGGACUGCCUGCAUGCCCACUUUGUGCUCAAGGGUGAUGACGAUGUCUUUGUCAACACUUACAACAUUGUUGAGUUCCUCCGAGAACUGAACCCCGAACAGGAUCUCUUUGUUGGGGAUGUGAUCACCAAGGCCCGGCCCAUCAGAAACACCAAGGUCAAAUACUUUAUUCCAGAGUCCAUGUACGGAGACCCCUACUAUCCUCUAUAUGCGGGUGGGGGCGGCUACGUGAUGUCUAGAGAGACGGUGCGCCGCCUCCAGAGCACAGCAGAGGACAUGGAGCUCUUCCCAAUAGAUGAUGUCUUUGUGGGAAUGUGUCUGGCAAAGAUGGCCGUGACCCCGAAGAACCACGCUGGCUUUAAGACCUUUGGGAUCCAGAGACCUUUUAAUCCUUUUGAUCCGUGCUUGUACAAAGAGCUGAUGAUCGUGCACAAAUUAAACCCCACUGAGAUGUGGAUCAUGUGGACGCUGGUCAAGGAUGACAGCAUUAGGUGUGCAGUAUCAGUAACGCACCCCUAGAGAAGUGGCUCCAAACGAGGCCACUGGUGAGCACCGGGGAGCGUUGACUGGUGACGAAUACAGGGUACUUAAACUAAAAAUCUGGUUGUGGUAGAAACACGUCCUCUACUAACAGACUGCACUUGAGCCAUAGGGUUUUGUUUUGCAAUAAGCCCUUCUCUGUCAGGGGGUUACUGAAGCGGUUGAAUUGUCACAGGGCGGGGAUAGGACAGGACCAGGAGCUCAUAGACAUGGUUAGGCACAGUACCGGGACCUCUUUGCUCAGUUCCUCGCAGGCAGCUGGAGCCGGGGGAAGUCACAACUGCCUCAUAGCUAGUCACAGGUGAAGGGAGCGAGGUGCCACCUCCGAGGGAGGUCCUGCAGCACUGAGGCUGGUGCUGACCUGCCAGGCUCCUGGAGGAAAGCAGGUGCUGAUUAAUGAGUGACAGAGCACUUGAAAUUACCUCUGACCCUUUGAAGUCAAGGGCAACAGUGGAAGAAAGACCAGUGCGUGCUGCUGGGUCCAUUGUCCCUGGCUAGAAAACUGGCAGGUCCUACUGGGGAGCAGGAGAAAGGGAAUGGCAUGGGGAAACAAAUGCCUCCGAAACUUAAUGCCUUAGCACAGCAGGGUGAUCCAAGGGCUUGGAUGCCGAUGUGAGCUCUCUGGAUUGUACAGAAGGCUAUUACACAUAUACUUGCACUGGAAACUUCCGCACAAACACACUUUCUGAUUGGUUUGAGAGGAGAAGUAUGUCUCAAACAAUCAUGGUGUUAAUUACAAUCAUAGUGGCUGCAGCUUUUUGUAUUGUGUGGGCUGUGUUGGA